AUGUUGAGGAUGAAUGCACAGGAAGAAGAGUCACCAAUGGAUACGCAACAACUGGCGUACAUCGCAGCCCUUAAGAGAGAACUCACAGCUAAGGAGCAAUUAUUGAGACAGACGAUACAGGCAUGUAACAGAGCUGAAGCCAAUUUAAAUACAGACGUGGUGAAUUACAGAGUUUGGGAUCAAUUGGCACAGAGGCAGAUGUACACUUCGAGUAGAUCUGAUCCGAUUGGGAUUGCGUCAUUGAAGCAGAGUUUGCAAGUUGACAACAAACAAUCAAUAUUCAAUGAAACAGAGCAAUUUCUAGUUGAGAUGGUAAAUAAACAGAAACAGUUUAAUGCAGAUAUGUCGUCAUUGAUUGUGAUGUUACAAGAACGUCUUCGUGAUGAGAAUCAAUCACCUGAAAAUGCCGGAGAUCCAAUUGGAAUGAUUCAAGAAAUGAAGUCUAAAAUUUUCGAUCUAAUUCGAAAUCAUAUGGCCGUAGACAUUUCCACACCAAUAUACUCUGCAGAUAUCGCUGCUGCAGACAUGACAAACCUAAUGAGAAGGUUAAUUAAUGGUGAUUCAACCCUAACAGUCCAUGACUUCCAACCAGAUUGUAUGAAUUUGUUUCGGAUACUGGAUACAGCGUAUCUAUUACAAAAGAUAGAUAUGAAUGGGACUAUAUAUGUGAAAUUAGAGGAUUUGACUUAG